AGCCCUGCGCCGAGCUGCGCGCCCACCUGGAGAAUUCGUGCACGCAGCGCCCGCAGUUCUGGUGCCCGCGCUGCCCUUACUCCAGCGUGCAGCUGGGCUCGCUGCGCCGGCACGCGCGAGCGCGCCACGGAUGCGAUUUGUGAACAUUUGUCAAUCCGUUUCGUUUCAAUAAACGUUGCUGCAGCGCGACGCGUUUGUGUGUGUGGCGGCAGCGGCGGCGACGGCGACGGACACGUGGGAAGCGCGUGGGCGGUCGGCGUGGGCGUAGCCGCCAGCCGCGAGGGCCCGGGCGUCUUCCAAUGCAACGCUUGCGGCCGGAGCUACCGCUGGCGGCGCACGCUUCUCAACCACGUCAAGAUGGAGUGCGGCAAGGAGCCCGCCUUCCAGUGCCCUUAUUGCCCGCUGCGCUCCAAGCGAAAGGGCAACAUCGCCGCCCACAUCCGCUACGUGCACAUGCGCGACGGGCAAGCGCGCCAGCCCACGCGCCCCAAUGAAUAAAGACUCUCCACGCAACGUCUCCGUCCUUGUUUUUCGACUCGCCCGCCCCCG